AUGACUGGGCACUGGAGCUACUGUGAUGAUGAUGAGUGUGGACCUAAUCGUUGGCCAACCGGACAGCAUCAGUCCCCAAUCAACAUUGACUUGGGAGAGGUUGAACGUAAAGAUACUCAUGAUGGAAUUAAGUUUGUGAACUAUGACCAUCCAAUCCAAGGAGACAUUGUGAACAAUGGACAUUCAGUUCAAAUGACCCCGGAACUUCGUUCGGAGCACCCAGAGAUCUAUGGUGGAGGACUUGACCAGGUCUACCGUCUCGUCCAAUACCACUUCCAUUGGGGAGAGAAUGACAAUGAAGGAUCGGAGCACACUCUCGGAGGACUCCGCUACCCAGCCGAGCUUCAUUUGGUACACCAGGGAGUUGAGGAUCCAGGAAAGCUUGCUGUUGUCGGAGUUUUUCUGCAAAUUGGAAAAGAGGGAAAAGCGUUAUCCAAUGAAGAGCGAGUUUUGGGACAACUUCGUAACCCCGAAACUGUGACUCGUGUAGAAAAUGUGAGACUCGCUGAGAAGCUUCCCAAUAAUAGAAGAUCUUUCUGGCGAUACGAAGGAUCUCUCACCACACCACCAUGUUCUGAAAUUGUUACGUGGACCAUCUUCACUGAGCCGGUUACCGUAACCCAUGAUCAGCUGGAGCUAUUCCGUCAAGUUCAGGAUAUUGAUAAGCGUCCAAUCAAGAAGAACUAUCGCCCAACUCAAAAUUUGAAUGAUCGCAAGAUUGUUCACAUCGUGGCCAACUAG